AUGAACCCGCUGUCCGUCCUCGGGGCCCUGCUGCUAUUGACAUCCCGCGCGCUCGCCGCUACCAUCGCGCUCGCCAGCGAGCCCGCGCCAGCGUGGAUCACUACCAGAACCACCGUUUUUCGCACCGUGCGGCUGUCGUCCACCAGUGCGCCGCGCGCCUCGUCGCCGCUGUCGGUGACAACGGCAACCACAGCGUCGGCGACAGCGACGCUGCCCUCCACAACAAGUUCGUCUUUCCAGACCCAGAUCCUUCUCGAGCACAACUCCUACCGCGCCCUUCACCACGCGCCUGCUCUCACCUGGUCGACGCAGCUCGCCAGCUACGCCCAGAACUACGCAAACUCCUACAACUGCAACGGCACACUGGUGCACUCUGGCGGGUCGUACGGGGAGAAUCUCGCUUUGGGCUAUAACUCCUCCGCGGCCGUCGCAGCCUGGUACAACGAGGUCCGGCUCUACAACUUCAAGAACCCGGGCUUCGCUGAGGACACCGGCCACUUCUCCCAGCUCGUGUGGGUCUCUUCCAAGCGUCUGGGCUGCGCCCGUGUUGACUGCGGCGACUACUACGGCCAGUACACGAUCUGCAGCUACGACCCUCCUGGCAAUGUGGCGGGCCAGUACAAGGCAAACGUCCUGAAAACAUGA